AUGGGUGAACCUCCCCCUGCUUCCGUCGACUCCGCUCAUACGGUCCAACUUGAGCAACUAGAGCGGUCUCUGUUAAAGACAAGCUUCCAGAAUGGACUCGACGCAGGCGAAGCCGCUGCUCGCCUGGAGCAGGAUGGGCCUAACAAGGUUGAAGGAGCUAAAGGGUUAUCCCCGUGGAAGAUUUUCUUGAGGCAGAUUUCAAACAGCUUGACACUCGUUCUCGUCGCCGUCAUGGCGAUUUCCUUUGCCAUCCAUGAUUAUAUCGAAGGUGGUAUCAUUGCCUUUGUUAUCUGUCUCAACAUCGUCGUCGGGUUCUGGCAAGACUUCAAAGCAGAAAAAGCAAUCCAGUCACUUUUUGCCCUUUCAGCCCCUACUUGCAAGGUUAUCCGUCAGGGACGCACGAUCAACAUUAAGGCCGAGGAACUUGUCAAGGGUGAUAUCGUGGUUCUUCACGUUGGGGAUAUUGUCCCUGCCGACCUCCGUCUCGUUAGCAGUCUUAACAUGACAACUGACGAAGCCCAUCUAACCGGAGAAUCAUUGCCUGUGAGCAAGCAUGCUGAUGCCAUCCUCGAUGACCCGGAUGUUCCUCUCGGUGACCGAAUCAACAUGCUUUACCAGGCGAGCAAGAUCACAAGGGGCAGAGGAAUGGCAGUUGUUGUGGCCACAGGCAUGACUACAGAAGUUGGCAAGAUCGCAGAAAUGCUUAGAGCCAACCCUUUCGCUGGUCAAGAAGUGGCCCAGAUCACACGAUUAUUGCACCGAUUCAAAGCCACUUCAACAAGUAUCCUUGGUCUUGACGGCACACCAUUGCAGGUUAAGCUAAGCAAGUUUGCCCUGCUUUUAUUCGCACUUGCCAUACUUUUGGUAAUUAUCGUGUUCUCGGCAAGUAUAUUCAAAAUCAGUGACGAAGUACUUAUUUACGGCAUUUGUGUCGGCGUUGCAGUCAUUCCAGAAUCGCUCAUCGCUGUGCUUACGAUCAGUAUUGCCGUUGGCACGAAAGCGAUGGCUCGCGGCAACGUUAUUGUGCGGAAAAUGGCUGCUCUGGAAGCUGUUGGUGGCGUCACCAAUAUUUGCACAGACAAAACUGGUACUCUAACACAGGGCAAGAUGAUUACAAGGAAGAUCUGGCUCCGUGAUGGGUCAAUGGCUACAGUAGAAGAGUGCACACACCCGUUUGAUCCUACCAGCGGUAGAAUUGCGUGGGGUUCUGAUGGGGUGAUCGACGAACCCAAAUUGCUCUCCAGGCUACCCGCGAAGGCUGAAGCUUUUGUCGACUGCAUUUCUCUGUGCAACAACUCUGUUAUCAGUGAUGGCAAGGCCGGUGCCUCUGACGACAUGGUUGAGACCUCUACUAUAUCUACUGUCGGCCCUGCCAAUUGGGAUGCUACCGGUGAGCCUACCGAAAUUGCGCUCCACGUCUUUGCCAUGCGGUUUGGUCAUAGCAAGUCCACUAUCGUUCAGGCAAAGGCAUCAAAUCUGAUUGCCGAGUUUCCAUUUGACUCCUCUUGUAAGAGGAUGACAGUCAUUUACAGGCAUUCAUCUUCGGGAACAGCAUGUAUCUACACCAAGGGAGCCUUGGAGGCAAUUCUCCCGUUGCUUGACGCAACAGAUGAGGUUAAGGCAGAACUCACAGAGAAGGCUGACUCACUAGCUUCCGAAGGACUACGAGUUUUGUGUAUUGCGCAAAGGCUUGUGCCUCUCAACUCUGCUGGCUUUGAAGACAUUGCAAAAAAUCGAGAGACUGCAGAGUGUAGACUCUCUCCUCUUGGGUUGGCUGGUCUAUAUGACCCUCCCCGUUUGGAAACAGCAGAUGCGGUGCAACGAUGCAAGCAGGCGGGUAUCAUGGUUCAUAUGCUCACCGGAGAUCACAUCAAGACUGCAACAGCCAUUGCCAAAGAGGUUGGGAUUCUCAGUGGUAAACUGUCGCCGGCUGAACUCGACACGGCGAUAAUGCAGGCUAGUGUGUUCGACGCACUAAGUGACGAUGCUAUCACACAACUGGAGAAGCUCCCUCUCGUCCUCGCACGUUGCAGCCCCUCUACCAAAGUCAGAAUGGUGGAGGCUCUUCACCGCCGAGGUGGCUUCUGCGUGAUGACUGGAGAUGGCGUCAACGACUCUCCGGCACUCAAAAAAGCUGACGUUGGUAUCGCGAUGGGUUUGAAUGGAAGCGACGUGGCUAAAGAGGCUGCGGACAUGGUUCUCACGGAUGACAAUUUCGCAUCCAUCGUGACUGCCAUUAAAGAAGGCCGCCGACUGUUCGACAACAUCCAGAAAUUCUUGCUACAUUUGUUGGUGUCAAACAUAGCCCAGGUCAUCCUUCUUCUCAUCGCCCUGGCAUUCAAAGAUACCAGGGGCAACUCUGUUUUCCCACUUUCACCCCUCGAAAUUCUUUGGGCGAAUCUUAUCACCUCAUCCGGUCUUGCUAUCGGUCUUGGUCUGGAGGAAGCUCAACCGGACAUCAUGACCCGGCCACCCCACAGUCUGCGCGUCGGUGUUUUCACGUGGGAACUCAUCAUAGAUAAGAUGGUGUAUGGAUUCUUCAUGGGCUCGCUCUGCCUAACGGCUUUCAUCACCACGACCUACGGCCGGUAUGGUACUGACCCCUCUGUUCUCGGCUUCAAUUGUAAUUCCGAAUACAACAAAUCCUGCGAUAUUGUGUUCCAAGCACGCGCCACCACUUUCGCAACGCUCGUGUUCCUGUUGCUCGUCACUGCUUGGGAGGUUAAGCAUUUUACUCGGUCGCUCUUCGCUAUGAAUCCAGAAUUGUACUCUGGGCCGUUUGCCAUCUUCAAAACUGUCUCGAGAAACAGGGUUCUCUAUUGGGCGGUUGUCGGUGGGUUCUUGGCCUCCUUCCCAGUAAUCUACAUUCCCUACGUCAAUGAGAUUGGAUUUAAACAUAGCGGUAUCUCCUGGCAGUGGGGCGUGGUGAUUGGUUGUUUCGUGGCUUAUGUUGCUUUGAUCGAAGGAUACAAGGCCAUAAAGCGGAAAACCAUGAAACCACGUACUAUUGUGAGCACAGUAUGA